UAAAUGGAUUGGUCCACUUGAAUGGCUGCUGCUAUAGCUGCUGCAGGGAGGCUGAGACAUGAAGGGACAUACCUAGUUGUGGUGUUAGGGAUGUGACAGACUUGACCGUGUCUCUGUGUGACCCUUGGAUUUUAACUGUGUCCUCACUGGUCCUUAGUUGUCCAGUUUUAAUUGAUUUUUUCUCCUGGACAGUCAUAUUUGUUUUUGUUUGUAGUGAAAUCUUGUGUUUGUUUUGAUGGAGAUCUUUGUUGAUAUUUUAUGUUGAUAGAAGAACGUCCUCCACUCACAUUUUUGUGUGUUUCUUGUUUCCUUCUGGCUUAAAACACUCUGGAGUAAUACCAAAGUGACUUCUUAUCUGAUAGAGAUCUCGAUGACUACGACUUUGUAUAUCCAAGGCCUGAACAAGCCGAAGCUGACAACGAGGACGACAUGAACGGCCAUGUACAGUAUCGGGGCCUGCCUCCCCCUCCUCAUGGAGAUUUCAUCUGUGACUCGGGGAACCCUCCCCCGUGUCCAAGGGACCUCUACUCACAAUCACAGAUAUAUGACACAAUACCUGCCAAUCAGGGAGAGUAUGGGAGCCAGAGGCGCAGUGCUCCUGCCCCACCCAGACGGAGCCCUAGUACCCGACUAAGUACUGGCAGUAGGACCUCCUCCUCCUCCAGUGGAAUCUAUGAUGACACAGCGCUGUACAUGGAAGACAGCCAUCACAGCCCCCAGCACCAGCCACAGCCUCCACAUUCACCAAUUAACAUCCCACCCCUACAGAUGUCACCACGGCUACAGAAGAAAAUGGUGGCCAGCCCAUUGGCCAGUCCUCGUAGUCCGAGUCAUCCGAACCCAAAUAAGCCAUUUUCCUAUAUUGUAAAUCUUCCUGGCUCACCAAAAACCCAUCGUAGGUCAAGUGAUGGGAAGUACUAUGAUGUUCCAGAUGUGUCUCCACCUGGUGAUCCGACAUAUGAACCAAUAGGACCUCAUCCAUAUUCACAGGUCGAUAAACACAAGGCCCCAAGUAGUGGGCAGUAUGGUGCUCCAGCUUCUCCAGGUCACCAAAGUCCAAGCUAUUACAGCCAAGGUCAAGGUCAUCCUGCAACACCUGCAUCGCCAGGUCAUCAAAAUCAAGGUUACUAUGGUCAAGGACUCCCUGCCAGUAAUGGUAGUCAAUAUGGUGCUCCUGCUUCACCAGGUCAUCAAGGACAUUAUGGACAAAGUCAUUCGUGCACACCCCAAGGUCAACAUCAUGGACAACUGCCAGCUAUGCAACAGCCUUCAUACUCACCAUCACACCGAACGGCAUCGCCUCCACCUCUGCCAAAAGUUGGCCCAGGAUCAGCCCCUCAUAGCCCAAUCUUGCAGAGACAGUCUUCACUGAAAAGAAAGAAUGAAAAGGUGGCUUCCCCUGUAAUGCCACGACAACCAACAGAGCCACGAGCUACAACUCCAGACCCUGGUGCUACACACAUGGACAGUGUGCCUAAGUCUGAAAGUCAGAGGUCUAGUCAUGGCCCGCCAAGUUUCCCUGCUCCCCCUCCUCCGUUACCGGUGGCAGCACGAUUUGUAGCGGCUACGCUGGAAAAUAAUCGUCCACCUUCCCCACCUUUACCACCACCCCCUCCUGAAAUGAUAUCCGAUUCUUCACCACACACCACACCACACAAAGUUCCCCAACCUGUAGCUCCGCCCCAAGUUCCUAAAGUGGCAAACCCACCCCCUCCUCCCCCACCACCAAUUUCAAAGAUUCCUGGACGACCUCAAAUUUCUUCAUUUGAAAUUGGGAAAAAGCAACCAAAGGGAGAUGACUCACAUGACCAAGGGAACAGGAAGCAGUCGCAACACACAAUGCCUGUUCCUGGUCAGGCUGCUGUCAUAAAACCAAACCAGCAGAAACAGCAAAAGCUUCAGGGCAAGAACCUGGUAGAGGAGCUUAGUAAGGUCACACUACGGACAGUUCAGCAGAGUAGUCCUCAACAACCAGAACCUCAACCAGUCGUAGAGGAGCCAAAGGUCAAGUCCACUCCACCAAAACCUGCAGAAAAAGCAAAACCUCCAUCAGAGAAAGAAUCUGCGACAGCAUUUUUACCAAAAUUGAAAUCAACUGGUGCCAAGCCAUGGGAGAAAGAUGUGCCCACAGGUCAGAACAUGCCACACGCACAAAUGGAGGAUGAUGACCUUCCCCCUCCUCCACCACCGCCCAUGGAUGACGACUUCUUGCCCCCUCCUCCCCCACCCCCAGGGGUCACCCCCAACAUGGAGCUGUACCAGACUGGGGGCCAGCAGAGAUAUAAAAAAGAUUCAAGUCCUGACCCAGAGCGAAAACCAGACUCUGGCAUAGGUAGCAACUCCAGUCUUUCCAGCAUGGAGAUAGACUUGGAUGAAAUAGACUUCAGCCAAAUUCCAGGUUAUACCCCAAUCAAUUCUUCAAUACCUAACUGGAAGAAAGACAUGGUGGAAAAGAAGAACAGAGAAAAGUUAGAGGAAUAUUUGACUGAGAUGAGGAGGCGGAAAGCUGAAGAAGAAAAAUGGAAAAAUGUACCAGAUUGGAAAAGAAAAUUAUUAAUCGAAAAAGAAAAGGCUAAAAGAGAAGAGGAUGAAAUGAAAACAAAUGCAGCGAUCAGGGUAAAGGAGAAAAGGACGUCACUUAUCUCACCUGGUGCAAAAGGAAGAAGAGCAGAGAAGGAAGGAAGAGAAGAGACAACAGAUAGCAGAAGAAAAAAUGAUGGAGGAGGAAGACGCUUCAUUACCAGCAUGGAAAAGGGAAAUCAUGAAUAAGCGUGGUGGUGCACCUCGAAACUGGGGUGAUGAACGGGAGGAGGAAAACGAAGCAGUACAAUGAAUCAGAAACUGUUGUAUAAUGACAAUUUGUAUGAUAGGAACCAUCAUUACAGCUUCAGCCACUGAUGUUGUUACUGUGGAAUGUCGUGUCUUUUUACUGUGACAUCAACAUAAGUUACAAGUUCGUAAGGCAAUGUCAGCCAACACAUAGUUCUACAUCAAUGGUACAAGUGUGGCACACUUAGUGAACGAAAUUUGUGUGUAUGUGCAACAUAGCCAGUAUUAUAUUCUUACAUCUUUGCCUUCAGAUAACAUGUCAACCAGUAUUGCUUAGUUUGAUGUUUUAAAAUAAAUUUCAGUUGAAUCACUAUAUAAAUUACAGUUCUGUAAAAUAACAUACAGGUUUACAGACACACUACCAUCAAACAAUGUAUAACAGUUGUAAGGAAGCUUAAAGCCAUAUCUUUAUCAAUUUUAUCUGGAUGAUUUUCCAUUUCCAAACCAAACAGCAAAACAAAUUAUUGAUUACAGUAUUGUAAUGAGAUAUGGGAGCACUACCAACAACAGUGGCUUUUAGUUUAUUCAGAUUUAUUUUUGUAAAAAUAUAUGGAUGGUGUAGGUCCAUGGCAUUCAUAUGAUUGUAACCAAAAACGUAAAGGUUCCAUAUGUGGCGGUAGUAAUGUUGAAAUUCAGCGUGACAACCCACUUCUAUCAGUGUUAUAUUUCUGUAACUCAAUAACGUAGCUGCCAAAAGUAUGUGUAUUGGGGAAAACUUAAAAUGCUAAUAAAAUAUUGGAUAUUUAAAUCAAUAUUAAAACUUCCCUUGAAGGAGAAAAAUGAAUUAAUAUACUGUAAAUUUGAAUAUUUUCAUUACCUUAUUCUGUAUCUGCAGGGGUUCCUCUACUUCCUUCCACACAACCCCAAUCAGACACCAGAAUUAACAUCUGGUUACGCCACCCCUGGUUAGAUGACAAAUAUAGUGUUGCACUUCAAUGAAUGCAACAGUUUUGUGAAUAGUUAGUUGAGAAUAUGCGAAUCGGGAGUAGUAACAGAGUUGUAUUGCUUAACGGCUACACUGUCUGUGUAUUACAUAACUUGAAUGUAUAUGUAAACUUUGAAUAUUUGGACAAUAUUUUGUGUACCUAUUCUUAAAAUAAAACAACAUCUCAGUUUUAAAUGUUGAGAAAUCACCCUUACAUUAAAUGAUUUUAUAUGUAUUUAUGUUAUUGACGCAACGCUUAUAUUUGUGAUAUUUUUGCUUGGACAUUUACCAUAAAGAUUUAUGGUUUUUAUGUAGCAACAGUGGAUUUUCAUGCUAAGGUUUAUUGAACAAUCAAAAGAGAUGUUUGUGUAUGUACAAUAUUAUGAAACACAUGGGUCUUUAUGUCAAGAAAUCUAAUUGAAUCAAAUGUAAUACAAUUACAUUUUACAAGAUAUAACUGUUGUAGUGAUAUCUGCCGUUUUAUGACUGAAUAUUUUAAUAUGAAUACUCAAUGUUUCCGUGCAGAGAACAUUUUUUUCAUAUGAACAUUUAGAUUUCUUUGUGUGGUUGAAAAGAUAGAGUUAAUUUGGUUCCACAUAUGUAUCAGCUAUGACACUAUGUAAAUUUAAAUAGCUUAUGUCAACAGUGACGAUUACUGUUGGGGAUUUGACUCAAUAGAAAUGAUCGCAGCUGAAAUGUCACUCAACAGAUACAAUCGCUGUUGGAGAUAUGACUCAAUAGAGACAUUUGCCAUUGAAAAUGUGACUCAACAGAGAUGGUCAAUGUUGAAGAUAUGACCCAACAGAGACAAUCACUUUUGGAGACAUGACUCAACAGAGAUGAUCACCGUUGGAAACAAGAUGCAACAGAGACAAUCGCUGUUAAAGAUGUCACUCAAGAGAGACAACCGCUGUUGGAGAUAUGACUCAACAGAGACAAUUGCUUUUGGAGACUUCGUUCAACAAAGACGAUUAUUGUUGGAAAUGUGACUCAACAGAGAGGAUCACUGCUGGAGACGUGACUCAACUGAUGGAGAUUUUAGAUAUUACUCGUAUCUCAAGUGUGAAUAAUAUUUAAUCAAUAAUCAGCUGGCUAAUUGAAAGAACAAUGAAAUAACUCAUUUGUAUGAAAUGCGUAUAUUGCGUAUGGUAGAUCAUGCAUGUAACUCAAUGUGCAUUUCAUCACGUAACACCCUUCAUCAUCAAUCAUCCGUAUUGUUUUAUGAAUGUAUGUUGCAGGGUGCUAAUUACUAGUGUAGCUUUAUAUUAAUUUUUCUGCUCCAGAUGGUUUUUUUUUUUGCAAUAUUUUACAAAACUAUCCGAUAUUAAUCUUUUUUCCUUCCAUGUUUUGAAAUUUUACUAAGAAGAUAUUCAAGAUGAGAUUUUAAGUCAUAAUUAAUAUAUUUACAUAAAUGCAUUUUGUCUGGUCUGUCAGUGUUGAUAUUUGUAUUAUUAGUUUUGUUAUGCGUUCUACUGGCGGGAUAUCGGUUACUAGUGAUAAUUCAGUACUGUUUACUCGAAAGAUCUAUUUUCAAUCUGUUAUGAUGAAUUCGAAAUACGUACUUAUGCUAUUGGCACAAGGAAAUUUACAAAUGUAUAUUGGAAAAGUGUUUGCAAAUCAUUUAACUUUACAGGUAAUCGUUGGAAACCUUAUACAUCAAUAUUUUGAAAAGUAAAAAGAGAAUAUUUUCUGGCUCCAUUCAUUAUUACUACACAUUUUAACCUAGAAAAUAGUACACAGAGUUCAUUUUAACUUGGUAUACAAUGGUGAACAUAACAUCUUUUGGACAAUGUGAAGACAAUCGCAAUGAGAGUGGAAGAGUGUGUAGUACACAUGUACUCAGCUGUACACUAUCCUGAUUGACAGUAUCCUUUACUGAACGAAGAGUGAUUGUCAUGUGAUUUUCAGGAUACAAUGAUACAUAUGUAAACGAUGCACUUUUCUGCAUAGUAUUACGUAAUUAUGCCAAGUAUGUCGUUGUCUGACAUGUUUUGACGAUUUUGGUAUUAUUUUACAUGCAUAAUGUAUAUUACGAGCUUUUAAUGCUUUCUUCACAAGCAAGCAAUUGCAAUGUAUAGGUAUGUCUUUCUAAUUUAUUCUUUUGUAUGCGUAUAUUUUGUUUCUGAUGCUUUAUACAAAUAUUUACAACUACAAAUUAUUCUUUUGUAAAGACUUAUGGCUCAAGUCCAUAACAAUAUAUUUCAAAUAUGAAAAUAUCACAUAAAUUCUUAAUAUUAUUCUUUAUGGUUUAAGUACAAAAAUGGUUUUCUUUGUUGGUAACUGUAGUAAACAGAUCUACUUGAUAAAUCUGUUAAGAUGAUAUGCUACCUUCCUUGGACAUGUAUUUCAAUGUAAGCCAUGUACGACAACAUAAUCUCGCUAUACCAUCAUCACUUGUCUUAAGAAACACUUUCAAUGAUUUGGUAAGAUAUAGAAUAUGUAUAUAGAAUUUAAGUUGGAUUUUGAAAUAUGUUGACAGUUAUCAAAUUUUGGUAGUUUGAUAAUUUUAUAAAAAAAACAAACAUGUUUGAAAUGUUUGGUAGCAUACCUCCUUAAUGACAUUUACCAUUUAAGAUUUAAUUGUAGAAUUCUACAAGAGAACAUGUUUGAAAAGUUUUGGUUGCAUACCUCCUUAAUGUAAUUUAUCAAAUGUGUAGUGUUUAUUACAUUACCAAUUGCCGUAGUUGUACAGUCAUAUUAGCAUUUUACCGAAACGGAGAUAAAAUCUACUGAAUUACAACCAACUCAAGGUUUGUUUAAAAAAAAUUUUGGUAUUUUGAUUCAAUGCCAUUGUAUUAGGGACAUUCAGAUUUUUACUUUUGUAUAUGUAUGACUUGUGGGUCUUGUCGUUACAUUUCAUGAACGAAAUUUCUGUUUACAGUUUAUCCUCUUACACAAAGGUAUAUGCUCCUGGUUAUUGUAUCACUACAAGUGAUAUAUUAUUGUACAACUACUGGCGUGUUCGAUUCUAUCAGAGCGCCUUCUAUAUUAGUCUAGUACCUGUACCUGUGUAGCUGUUGAAGUAAAUGAGAGAUGGCACCGUCUCUGUGCAAGAAUGCCCGUGAUGCAUUUUCGUAAAUAAACAAAAUCCAUUAGA